AUGUCACUCAAUCAACUAUUCCAUAAAUUAGAAGUGGAUGCUUCACAAGAUAACCACAAAGAAGUUUUAGAAACCACUUAUGAAAUCCUUAAAUCUUCACCAAAUGAUUUAAAAGCUAUGAGAUUAUCUAUAGUGGCAGCUAUUAACUUGGAUCAAUAUUUAAAAGCUUAUGGUAUUUUCAAAGAAUUCCCUCAACAAGGUGAUGAUUUAUUAUUAGAAAAGUUAUAUGUUAUUUAUAAACUAAAUUUAAAUGAUGAAUUACAUCAAGAAUUUAACAAAUUAACUCCAAAUCAAUUAAACAAUGGUGUAUUACAUUUAAAAGCUCAAUUUUAUUAUAGAUUAGGUGAUUAUGAAACUGCAUUGACCACUUAUCAUCAAUUAAUCCAGUCAACAGACUCUGAAGACCCUGAGUUAUUAGACCUAAGUGUUAAUGAACGUGCUAUCUUGGCUGAUGGGUAUCAAUUUGGUAUUUUCAAUAAAUUUAAUGAUAAACAACCAUUAAGUGAUGAUCAAGAUUCUUAUGAUUUAGUAUUCAAUGAAUCUUUAAUACAAUUUGGUUUGAAAAAUUAUACCAAGAGUCUUGAGUUGUUGGAAUUGUCUUUAGAUAAAGCCAUUGAAGUUAAUACUGAUUUAAAUGAUCAAUUAAAUGAAACUUUCCCAAUAUUGUUACAAAAAGCUUAUUUAUAUCAAACCUUAGGUGAAACCAUCAAGGCUAAAGAAAUUUUAGAAUCAAUAGAUAUUUCAAAAAUUUCAGAUGAUUUAAAUACAUUGAUUUAUCAAAAUAAUUUAAUUACAUUAACAUCAACUGAAAACCCAGCAUUAAUUAUAAAAGAAUUAGAAUUUCCAAAUUCUUUAAAUAAAUUAAAUUCAAGAUUAUCCUUACUCCAAAAAACUUCAUUAUGGAAAAAUUACAACAAGUUAAAAUUUAAAUUAAAUCAAUCAAUAACAUCAAAAGACCUAAACCAUAAAGAUAUUACAAACCAUGCAUUAAAAUCAUUUUCAAAAUCAGGUCUUGAUCAUGAUGAUUUGAUUACACAAGCUAAACAAGCUUAUAGAUUUGCAAUAAAUACUAAAGAUUUAGGUAUUUCUUUAAUUUCAGCACAAUUAAAUAUUGAAUUAGAAAAUUUUGAUUCAGCUGUUUCUAUAUUGGAAAAUUUAAACCCAGAGAACAAGUAUUUACCAUCAGUAUCAAAUAUUUUAAUUAAUUUAUAUGAAAAAUUAGGCUCACAAAAAAAGAAAAUUUCGUUAUUCAAUGAAAUUUAUGAAUUUUAUAAAUCAAAAGAUUUGAAUAUUGAUGAAUAUGAAUUCCUCAAGGUAAUUUCAUUAAAUUUUUCCAAUCAAGAACCUGAAAAAACCCAAAAUUUAUUGGAAAAAUUAUAUAACAUACACCCAGAUGAUUUAAUUUCAAUAAUUUUAAAUAAAUCUGAAAAAGAUUUAAAUCAAUUACAUCCAAUUGACCAUUUAACUUCAGGAUUAUCAUUUGACGAUUUAAUCCAACAAGGUAUUGAAUCUUUAUCCCAACAACAACCAAUCCUAACAACCAAAAAAACCAUUAAAAAACGUUCAAAACAAUCAAGAAAACCAUCAAAAUCAUAUGAUGCAACAAAACAACCAGAUGGGGAAAGAUGGUUACCAAUGAAGGAUAGAAGUUAUUAUAAACCUCCAAAGGGUAAAAAGAAACAAGGGAAUCAAACUCAAGGUGGUGUUGCAGAUAAUAUAACUGAAGAAAGUUUUAAUAAAGUUUCAAAACCUGUACAAGUUAAGAAGAAUAAGAAGAAAGGUCGUAAAUAA